GUCAAACAGAAGCAGGGGCAUUUGUUUUAUUUUGUUCCGCUCCUUUAUUUUUCAUUUAUAUUUUUAUUUUUCAUGUUUCUAAUAACUGUAAUAUAAAUUAGAUAAAUAUUGUAUUAACGCAGUGAAGCAAAUUAAGAAAAUAAUCUUUUUUUGUGAAUUUAUUGAAUAAUCGGUUUUUGUUGAACAUUUAUUGAGCACGUGGAAGAAGAAGCAAAUUAUAAAUUAAAUGAAGAUCUAAUCUGCUAAAGAAAAUGGAACCAAGAUCAAGAGAAUCAACUGAUUUGCUUUCCAGCAAUCAAAAACGAGAAGCCAAUGGUAAUUUGGGAAAUACUCAGAAAAGUGAUCCUCCCGAUGGGGGAUUUAAAGCUUAUGCUGUUAUGAUUGGGUCGUUUUUGACGAAUGGUCUAUUGUUUGGUGUGAUAAAUUCUUACAGCGUCAUUUACACAGAACUGGUAAAAGAAUUAAAAAUCGCAAAUGUUCCUAACCCUGAAAGUCGCGCAUCGUUGGUUGGCGCGUUGACGAUGGGAACCACAUUUCUCUUAUCACCAGUAUCUGGAGUGCUAACAGGACUGAUGGGGCUUCGUUUGACCGCUGUAGUUGGAGGCACAAUUGCCACUGCUGGCCUGCUCAUAACUUCCUUCGUCGUUGACCAUAUAAACGCUCUUUCUUUUACUUACGGAAUUAUGUACGGUAUAGGAGCAUCAUUCGCAUAUACCCCGUCUCUGGCAGUUUUGGGUCAUUAUUUCAAAAAGUAUUUAGGCUUUGUGAAUGGUGUCGUUACCAUUGGCAGCUCUAUUUUCACAAUUUUUAUGCCCAUCAUAAUGGAUGUUAUGAUAAAAAAUUACGGGCUUCCGUGGAUGUUCCGAUUAUUAGCCUUAUUUACUUGUGGGAUUGCUUUUUGCGGUUUGUUGUUCAAUACAAACUCUUUGACUACUGCUGAAAAACCUAUUCGAGAAAAUAAAAAUAUCAGCUCACUAAUGAAAUCAAUUUUCUGUGUUGACAUUUGGAAAAACAAAAAAUAUAGGUUGUGGGCCACAUUCUUGCCCAUAGCUUUAUUCGGGUAUUUCGUCCCAUAUGUUCAUAUCAAAUCAUUCAUACAAGAACGCUUUCAAGAAGUUUCAAAUAAAAAUUUACCUUUACAAUGCAUAGCAAUUACUUCAGGAAUAGGAAGGCUAGUUUUUGGGUACUUAGCUGACAAACCAGGAAUUGAUAGAAUAUUUUUACAACAGAUUUCAUUCUAUGUAAUUGGUGGCCUCACUAUUAUACUGCCUUUUGUUCAAUCUUUCCCGUUCUUGGUAGUGAUUUCAUUAGGAGUAGGAUUGUUUGAUGGAGCUUUUAUUUCAUUGAUUGGACCUAUAGCCUUUGAAAUUGUGGGAGGAGCAUACGCAGCACAAGCUAUAGGGUGUUUGUUUGGUCUUGCUGCAUUCCCGCUGUCGAUAGGUCCAGCGGUAGCUGGCUAUCUUUAUAGUUUAAACGAAUCUUAUACCUUGCCAUUCGUUUUGGCGGGUAUCUCUCCAAUAGUCGGAGCGACGUCCAUGUUUUUAAUUCGUCUUCAUCGAAAUACUAAUCAAGAAAGCGAAGUAAACAUCAAUGGCCAUUUACCACUGCAAUCUGUAGAUGUUGAAAAUUCACCGUAUCCAGCGGGCCGUAAAUAAAAGUAUUGGAAAAAUUGGCUAUCGAAGAUUGUGAUAUAUACAAGUACCCCUAUACUAUAAAUAUUAAAUAUUUAAAAAACUAAAGAAUUAUCUUUUGUCUAUGCUAGUUUUUUAAUAGGGUGCAAGAAAUUACUGGAUUGGAAUAUAAAUUGUGCCACUUGGCCAUCAUAAGCUUUUAAUUAUGUAAGUACAUCAUAUAAUUCAGCAUAUUUUACUUGCGUUAAGAAUUACAAGAAUAACAAUUCUUCAGUAGUAAAUUGUAGUAUUAUGUACAUAAGAAUAAAAAUCUCGAGAUGUAUUUUUGUUAUUACAAAUUUGGGUUUAACACCCUUUUACCUUCUAUAUGUGAUAGAUUUAUUCGUGAAUAAUUGGCAGCAGUGACUAGAAUUAGCGAUGUAUAUCAUCAAAAGGUGCCUAAUAAGGAAUGUAAGAGUUGCGUGAUAUUUCUAAUAAGAUGGAUUGAGAGUUGAGACCUAAUGACAAAUUAAAUAUAUUUUUCAUGUUUGACGAGUUAUAUAUUAUGUAGAUAGAUUUUCAGAAUUUUACCUAGAUGAUGUAAUAUAGUUUAUGGUUUGUUAAUAAAAACGAAAUAUUAAUUUAACGUUAGUAUGUCAAUUUGAAUAGUUUUAUGGAGCUAGCAUUAAAUAGGUACUAUUUUAUAAGAAUCUCUGUCUUCAUGAUUGUAAAAAAUAUAUACAAAGAGAGUAGUGGAAAAGAUUAUUUCUUCUUACAUAAUGUAUUUACUGGCUCUGUUUAGCUGAAAUUGUUAAAAAAUAUGAACACAAAAAGUUUCCGUCGAUUAUAAAUAAUAUUGUCAAGUAUUUUUAUAAAUUAGUUACAUACUAUGAAGCUGUUAUUACAGUAAUUGUUUUUAAAUACCUUUAAAGUGUUAAAGAACCUGAGCAUUUGUCACAUUAUCAGUUUAAACUUAAUUUCAACAAAGUUUUUUUUUAUUAUUAUUAUAGAUACUUGAAAUUUUGCUGAAUGCCUGGGUAAACCUGAUAUUUUCAGAUAAAUACGGUGUUCCAUUCCCGAUAUCAGUAAAGGGGCAUUGCUCUUAGCAUUUGAUAACGCUAAAAUUUUUUAUGCAAACAGACAAUUUUGCAUAUUUAACUGGUGACUACUUGACAUGCUGCAAUAAAGUAUUUUAAUAAAAAUAAUAUGGAAUGUUAAUAUGAAAUCGAUAACCGCCCUGGCGAAAUAGAAAAAAAACGUUAAAAUAUAUCAGAAAUAUUUAAAAAAUAACUUAAAUAUUGUAAGUUAGUAGACAUAUUUAAAUAUUCCUUUUACGAAGAGAGAAUAUCAGACAUCUGUAAAACAAAUCAUUAUCUAUUUAAAGAUUUUUACAAUUAUUGUGUCGGCUCUACACUCAUUUAUAAUAUUAAUAUACUAUGAUGCUAUGAACAUCGAUCAAUUAGAGUUUAAUUCUAUUACGUACAUGUGGAAUUGUGAUAUGCAAUAUUUACAGCAGAUCGCUUGACAUUUAGUUAUUCGGUACAGAUUCGAUGAAUUAUUUAUGCAUUAAUAAUAUUCAGGAUUAUUCACACUUAUUCGCACUUAAUAACCUACUUUGAAUUAAUUUAAGAAAUGUAACUUCUUUCUUUAUCAAAAAUAUUCAAUUUAAAUUAAAUAACUUUCCGCUUACAUACAGGGUGUAAAAAAUCCUUUAACGAAGUCGAAAGCCACGUAUUUUCUACAUUAUGACGAUAUUUUUUUUUUCUUCUGGACUGGGAAUUUUAUGGUUAUGGAGAUAUUGAAGUUCAAAGUCAUUUUUUUUAAAGAUUUUUACAUCAAUAUUUCCAAAACGUUAUUCAGAACCUUUUUUAUCGACGCACUUACACGCACGCACACUCAUACACACAGGCAUAUUCAUUGCGCCGCGCUGUACAUUUUGUACUGUUUUUUUUUGUAUUUUUUUAACUUAAAAAUACAAAUGAUUCCCACAUGUAAUUUUACUUGUUUGGGUGUACAGAAUGCGUAGUUUUAAUCUUAAAUAAAAUGUGGUAGGAUAUUUUACCCAUAUAACAUUGUGGUUUCAGUCUUGUACAUGAUCGUGCAAUAUGUGUUGUUUAUACGUCUACCUAUAAUGCAUAACCAUUUACUACGUUACCAUUAUGAGUUCCUAAUCGUUUAAGAUAGUGUAAUUAUAAGUAAACAUUUAAUAAGUGUAGCUAUAUUUCAUUAGAAUUGAUUCAUUAUUAUAAUAAUUAUACUUAGAUUUAUAAAUAUUUAUCCAAAUAAAAAUUAUGUACAGCGUUCAAUUAUCACAGCAAUGGGGAAGAAAACUGACCAUUAUCACCGCCAGAGGCGCUAGUGUCGUAUGGCCCACGACAUCUGUCAAAAUGGAUAGAUACAAAAAGAUGUUGUUGGUUUGGUAAAAUAAUAAUGGUAAUAACUACUUUCCUAAAGAUGAGCGACUGAAAAAUAAUAUAAGGAUAGGCUGUAAGUUUCGAAAUAACAAUUUUCAGUUUGAUAAAUGUCGUCAAUUUUAUGCCCUUGACGAAUCCCAAAAUUAAACUCUUACUCGAUUCAUAGCAUAAUAUUAUAAAAUGUUGAAACUUGGGCUGAGCAUGUUUAUUUGAAAAAACUUGAAAUAUGCUGUAAUUUAACCUGAAAUUAUUUGACAAACUUGUUUUUUAGUCUAAAUUAUCCGUUUUUGUUUACCUAUUAUGUUCACUUUAUCCUUCUUAUCCUUUAGUGUCCUCAUCGGGUCUUCAACCCGUAUUUUAAGUGUUUCGCAAACCUAUUAGUAUAUUUUUAUUAGUAACUAGCUGACCCGGCGAACUUCGUAGCGCCGUAGCGUAGCUUUGAUGCACUACUUUAUUUUGUAUAGCUGACCUAUCUUAUGUAUGAGUACCUAUAUUUUUAGCGCGGUUAUGGAUGUGUUGUCACAGAUUACCACAGAUUUUUUUGUUUUGAAUAGAAUGACGUUGACAUUUGUCAGCGCGGUUAUCGGUGUGGUGUCACAGAUUACCACAGAUUUUUUGUUUUAAAUUGAAUGACGUUGACAUUCGUUACGUUAUAUUUUUCAAUCUUUCUGAGAGAUUUUCUUUAUAUUUUUUUCCGUAAGAACCUUGUACAGAGUAUUAGAAAACUACAAAAAAAAAAACAGCCAAAUCGGUCAAGCCGUUUUCAUGUUAUGUCGGGACAACGGAAAACGGGUUUAAUUUUUAUAUAUAUAGAUGAUAAAACAAUUAAGCCAAAUUUCGCAAAAAAACCCGAACCAAAUCGACAACUCAAAGUGACAGAUUGAUUAACCAGGUAAUCCAUAUGUACAAACUAUUUGUUUUUUUUUACAAUAUUACCUGGUAAUCCAUAUAUAUGUAUAAUUUUUUUUUACUAUCUAUAACAGAAUCUCAGCAUUUCUAAUGUGUCUUUUUACAAUUCACUGUGGUUUAUAAUCUUAUUUUUAUUUGAUUCGCUUUUCUUAACACUUGUCAUAAUAUUGAUUUAAACAAAGGUAAGGUAACACAUAAAAUAACACGUCAUCAGUUGCUUGUAAACAAUCAAUACAUUUUCGCAUACCCACAAUUAACAUUUAAGGCUCAAUUAUGUCGCUAAAUGUAGAUAGCGAAGGCAGUUUAAAUUGAAGCGCGGUUAAGGAUUAUUGUUAUUAGUGUUUUGUUUAUUAUUAUAUACUAAUUUAAAUGGAACAUGGGUGUGUAUUUUUGCUUCUAGAAUGCUCCUUAACAAAGAACGUAUUGAUAAUCCUAGAUUAAUCAUUUUACUUAUUUUGUCAAUUUUUCAAAAACUUUGCCCAAAAGCCCAGUUUUACAUGUAUACACAAUUAAUUGCUAGGCAAAAUAAGUUGGUAUAGUAUUACUUGUAUGACAAUUCAAUAAUAGAAAUGUAUUUGACUAAUAUACUGUUAAUAUAUUUGAAUUAUAUAAACAAAUAUGUAGGCAAUGAAUAUGUGGAAUGUCUAAAUAAUCUUCCUUUUUGUUCAUGUAAGUGAAGAAGAGUGAGCACAGGCCUGGAAGUACUUGUGAAAUAAUUUACACCACGCGAAUCGGUGAUAAGUUAGACAAAAGGCUUGCCGCUUCAAGGACAGGGUAGUAUCGGAAAAUAUUGUAGACAGAAUGGGAAGCUGCUACUCGCGUUAAGUACCUAUAUAACUAAGUAGUUAGAGUUGCUAUAAAUAUUGUACAUAUUUGACGAUUAUUUAAAAUCUACGUCUCUGUGAUCUGUCGCAUCAUAAAGAUACGGGUAUUGUGAAAUUACCUAAUACACAUGCGUUUGCCAAACAAUAUAUUGUGAAUAAAUUUCAAUCAAGGCUUAUCAGUUUGAUGACUAGAUAAAUCUCGUUUAUAAUCAUUGUUGUUAUUGGGAAGUUCAGUACAUGAUAUAUUACAAACUUGCUGUGGUAUAUAAAUGCUUAUAUUGUAAUAAUGUCCAAAUCCAUUCAUUCAAUAACUCUUAUAUAUCAAUAAAAAAGUACUAUGUGCAAAUAAAGAUACUACUAUCUGUCGUCACUAGUUGUAAAGACAUUAAUGAGAUGUUCUUAAUACCAAAACAUUAGUACCUACCUACACCUAACCGAUAAGUAAACAUAGUAAUUGAUAAAAAAGUACUAAGUUGCUUUUACAUAGUUAAAUUCAUAAUUAAAAAGUGAUAGACAACAGAUAAUUCAUCUCAUAAUACUUGCUGGCCCGUCUAGCCGUUAUAAAUAUUAAUGUUUUUUUUCAUAUUAUGACUUUUAUUAUUUAUUUAUACGUGUAAACCGCUUAACCGAGACCUCGCCUGCGGGGUACAGGGUGUGGAGGAGAACGAGAACGGGGACCGUGAGAGGUGCGGGUGGCGGGUACUUUUGACAAGAAUGUGUACAUCUCACGGUGCUCGGUCCAGGCGAGGACUCAGUUAAGCGUUCUACCUAUAGAUAGAGCAAUCCAAAUAAAUCACGCAAAGAAAACGGCUCCUAUUUCGCGCAAUGUCUGCGUGACACUAAUGUCAGUUGUGCUUUAGCACGUUCAAUGUGUCUGUUGUGUAGCUACAAGCAUAUUUACCAUAUGUAGUAGAUAUUUUUGUGCCGCUUCUGUGCCGUAUCAAAGCAGCUAGGGUGUAUAUAAGCAAAGUAUGUGACGAAGUGUAGUUCGAUAACUUUGUAAGGUUUGUCUGCGACAUUUUAUUUUUUUUUGGGUCAAGGUAAUUAUUGCAGAAUGUCGUUAUUUACAAUUAUUUUAGGUCAAUAAAUGUAUAAACACCAGUCAAUUAAUUCUUAUAUUAACAAAUUCAUACAGGCAGGAACCAAUUAUAUUGAUCCUGGCUGGUACGAAUAUGAAAUGUGGUAAACUUCAACGUUGAUAUUAAUUAAAUAAUAAAGUUACUUUUACUUAUCCAAUGAUGUCGAUUCUGACAUGAUUAUCUAAACCUAAAAUUAAAUUUAACCACUGUCUCUCUCUUUCAUUCUGUAUAGAGAAUGACAAGGAUACAAAUACUGUUGUCAAAUUUAAGCUGAAGUUUAGAGAAUCAUGCCAGAAUCGACACCAAUAUAUAUAUGUAUAUAUUUAACAACAACAAAAGUAUAGUUAUUAUUUUAAUUAACCAACAUGGAAUUGUACCGAAUGCACCAUUGACUGGCACCAUUAAUGGUGCAAAUCAAACUGAUCGGUUUGGUAUGCAACAUUAAUAUGAAUAUUGAAUACUACUAUUUGGGGGCGUCCAUAAGUUACGUGAGGUUUUUUGAAAUUUCUGCCCCCCCCCCCUGGUGAGAUGUGAGAUUUUAUUCAACCCCCUCCCCCAUCCCCCAAUCUCACGUGAGAUUUUUCAAAAUGUGGGUUUCUUCCAACGCGUAAACGCGUUGGAUUGUUAUUGUAAAAUAAAAAAAUGAUUCGUGGUUUUAUUUACGACUAGUUAUCAAUAUUGCUGACAGUUAUAAGUUUAAUAAAAAAAUAACAAUAGUUAUUUUACUUAAAUCAUAUUAAUUUUAAGCAUGUACAAUCUGGAUUAAAUGGACCAAAAUAGUAUGAUUGUUUUUUGUGUCAAUCAGAAAAUAAAUUGUGUGAUAUUUGCCAACGUAAGAUUAGAUGAGAUUUGCCUCGACCUCCUCCCCCCCUUAAACAUCUCACGUAAUUUAUGGACGCCCCCUUUCUCCUUUCUUACGUAGUCAUAAAAAUGAAUGUGGUAAUUACAUAUAAACUACAACCCCUGGAUUGUGUGUUGUGUGAAAUAAAAUUUCACUCGUUGCUAUUUCGAAAAUUCACUCCAGUUAGAUAAAAUUGUUAAAUUAAAUUAUAACAUGUAAAGAGAAAUAUCUAAUUAUAUAAAUGCAUUUAUAGUAUUAUGUAUCAUCACAAUGCUACAAAUGACACUAUAUGUAGGUACUGUGGUGCAAGUCAUUUACACUUGGUAAAACGAAGAAUUUUCUAACUUGUUGAUCAAACGUUGUAUUCUAUUGACGACCUCCGUGGCCGAGUGGUUUGGACGCCGGGUUUCAUGGUGUCGCCGACUCGAGAGGUCCCGGGUUCGAAUCCCGGUGGGGGCAGAAGUUUGUGUGAUGAAUACGAGCAUUUGUACUCCAGUCAUGGAUGUUUAAUAUGUAUUUCUAUAUAAAUAUGCUAAUAUAUGUUCAGUAUAUGUAUUCUAUCCGUUACCCUAGUAUCCCAUAACACAAGCCUUACAGUGCUUAUACUUUGGGGCUAGGCUAAUUGGUGUGAGUGUUGGAAUUAUUUAUUUAUUUAUUUCAUGGUGAAUAAUUGUCUUUUACCUUCAUUUAUUUUAAAUAAAUAAAAUAGUGAUGGUCAGUCUAAUUGUAUAAUACCUAGUUAAAUUCGCAACAAAUAGGUAACCAAUAUUGAGCGAUUUUUGUAUGCACGUGUGUGGGUAAGAUUUCUAGUUACCUAACCCUAUUUAAUUGUGCAUUUAAAAAUAUUUUAAUUUUGUGUUAGUACAUAUUUAUAUAUUGCCAGCAAGUUACUCUGAGUAUAAGUUUGUCACAUUCCUCUACAAUGUAAUAAAUGGUAUUUAUUAAAAAAAUGUUUGACACGGGGUUUUGCGCUAAAAAUUUUUUUCCUACGCCUGUGUUGAUUCAUACCUAAAAGAUAUUGACGUAAAAUUUGCACAUAAUUAUUAGGGCAACUAUUACUUCUUUAAAUUUAUCUGAGAAUUAAAUAUUAUCUGUUAUUACCGCUCAAAAAUGUAUUUACUUUAGAAUUCUUUUAUAAUCUAUAUUUAGAAAAUAUUUUAUAUUCAACGAAUGACAAUCGACAUUUUAAAUUAUUAUACAAUAAUAUUUAAGUAGAACUAAGUACCUACAUAAAUAUUACUUACCUGGCAUGGUCAUUGGUUUAUGUGGAUUGUUUAAUUAAUUCAAAUUAAUUUUAUAUCCCAAAGUAUAUAAAUAACGUUAUCAUGUAAGUUUAUUAAAAAUCAUUGACCUAAAUGAAAUGUCGGUUCCUGUUAUUCUUUUCACUUUUAUCGAUGACAUUUAAUUAGUGUUAAGAGUUGACGUUGUUGUCUCCCUUUUGAGGAACGAAUUUGUAUUCUACCUCAUGUUCCUUUUAUAACUAUAAAAAUUUACUUAAUUAUUAUUUUGUGUUAACGUUUGAUGAUUGAAGCAUUUAUUGUAUAAUAGUGAGAUCAGCAGCUGAUUUAGUAAAAAAAUAAAUUGUGAUUUAGAGAUGUUUUUAUUUAUUUACCCACUUUUUGACGCCUACGUUAAGUGCGAUUUUUUUUUAACUUUUUCAUUAUACCUAAUCUACGCGUUGAUUGGUGUUCGUAUAAAUGUUUCGCAAAGAUUUAUUAUAAUUUAAAAUAAAAUAAAAUUUUAUACCACCGUGAUAUCGUAAUUUAUGUUAUUUACGGGAUUGUUACCAUGUACCUUGUUUUAGC